AUGCCCAUCAAUCCAACUCCCCUAAUCCCGCUAGAAUCAGAACCGAUGGAUAUCGAUCUUUGCGAGACGUCUUCCCCUCCUUUGUCAGAUGGUUUCAACACCCCUCUAGGAAUUUUCAAUAGCAUCCCUGUUCAUCAAUCUACUAGUAACGUCUUACCAGCCUCUUCACCUCCGAAGGAUUUCAUCUUCGAAGAUGAGUUAGCAAUGAAUCUCGCGUAUCUCGCAUUGACUUGGAAACCUCUCAAUCCAGAUAAUACAGGGACAGGGACAGGGACCAUCGAUUCUCCCACAGCAAAAAUACCGUCUCAUCCCUUAUUUCCCUGUCCUAUCGACUUACACCUCACCCUUGGCGAAGAAAUCAACACUCAGGAACACGAAAAAUCGAAAGAAAAUCCCUCUAAACCCAAACGAUUCCAUCCAUAUCAGAAGAAACCUAAACCCAAACCACAAGAUAAAGAAGUUGGAUAUAUAAUACACACAACAAGAAAACCAGAAGAUAGAUCCAAGUACCUUGAUCCUUCUCUGGACACUACGACGUUCUGGCACUUUGUCCAGGAAAGGAAUGAUGCUAGGACGGAGGAACGAAGAGAAGCGUUGAGAAUUGCUAUUGCAAGGUCUGAAAGAGGCUCAGAACUUGGAUCGAGUUCAAUCUGGGAUAGGGACGAUAGGUCAGUUGGAUUUAGUGAGAUUGAUGAGGUUCAUACAAGGUAUGGCCUUGAAGACGAGCAUACCGAAGAUGAAGAUAAGGUGUUUAAGAAUGGAACGAAUCAAUUUAGUUUAUCACUUCAUUCGAGAAUGGAGAAAGAGGGGUCUUUAAGAGGAGUAGAAUUGAUUGAUACAACGCUUAAAAAGUGGAAGGUAUCGCAUAAUAAGAAUUUCUUGAAGAGGUUAGUAAGUAAUGUCGAACGAUGUAAUGGCAAAACAAAGAAGAAGUCCGAAGGCAGAUAA